UAAAAGCGGAAGUGAUAGUUAGCUGUUAUGCUUUGUUUCCGGUAACAGGAGGUGGAGAUUGCGGUUUGUUCUGUGUGUUGGUCUGUUCCUGCAUCCUGGUAUCUCGGAGCCUCCAUCCUGAUCUCCAAGUGCCCGGACUGAAAACAGGAAAUUAAGUAUGAGCACAGAUGAAGAAGAGUCUGGCACCGUAAAAAUACAAACCAGAAACUCUCUGACACUCACACAGGACCUUGACGGAAACAUCAUUCUCCACUGUCCCCAAAAUGACUCACGACUAGAUUCUGAACACAUUGUUGGUACUCCUACAAAGAGGAUUUGUUUGUCAUCUGAGCAUGAGCACAGUGUUACUGAAACGACACCAUGCAUAUCUGUUGUUGCACUCCCAUUGUCAGAGAAUGAUCAAAGUUUUGAGGUGACCAUGACUGCUACCACUGAGGUGGUUGGGGAUGACAUCAGUGAAGACUCAAUUACGCAGAUACAGAUUCUCCAAAAUGAACACCUCAAUGACAUUUCACCCUCAGACAAUGAAGAGGCUUCAGAAGUAAGCCGAGCCUGGUUUACAAGCAAAGAAGACAAAUAUUCUCUUACCAACAAAGGACAUAAAUGGAAACAGGGGAUGUGGUCUAAGGAAGAAAUUGAAAUCCUGAUGAGCAACAUUGAUAGGUACUUAAAGACUCAUGAUAUUAAAGAUGCAGCUGAAAUUAUUUUUGAAAUGUCAAAAGACGAGAGAAAAGACUUCUACAGAACGAUAGCAUGGGGUCUGAAUCGGCCACUCUUUGCUGUGUACAGAAGAGUUCUGCGCAUGUAUGAUGAUCGGAAUCAUGUAGGAAAGUACACGCAUGCAGAGAUCGAGAGACUUCGAAACCUGAGAGGGAAACAUGGGAAUGAUUGGGCUACUAUUGGGGCUGCUUUGGGCAGGAGUGCCUCUUCUGUAAAAGAUCGUUGCCGACUCAUGAAAGAGACCUGCAAGACUGGAAAAUGGACAGAUGAAGAAGAGAGAAGACUAGCAGAGGUUGUCCAUGAACACACCGGAACCGAUGCGGGAGAUAUUGUAACACAAGGUGUGUCGUGGGCUUCAGUGGCUGAAAGAGUGGGAACGCGAUCUGAAAAGCAGUGUCGCUCUAAGUGGUUAAAUUAUUUAAACUGGAAGCAGAGUGGUGGCACGCAGUGGACCAAAGAAGAUGAGUUAAAUCUUAUCCUCAGAAUUUCAGACCUUGGUGUUUUAGAUGAAAAUGGUAUAAACUGGGAUAUUCUGGCAGAAGGAUGGACCAGUGUUCGGUCACCUCAGUGGCUCAGAAGUAAAUGGUGGACAGUCAAGAGGCAAAUUGCAAAUAACAAGGACGUGUCAUUUCCUGUGCUAAUUAAAGGGCUAAUGCAGCUGCAUGAAAACCAAGCAACACUCUUGGGUGCUCAGGAGCUGGAGAACAAAUCUGAUGAAUCAAGCAGUAACUCCAGCGUGCAGCACGUCCAGAUCAGAGUAGCACAUCUGGAAGAGAGUGCAGGCCUAUCCCAGAGCUCCAUGACAGCCUUACAGAUUCCUGUACAGAUUACACAUCUUUCCUCUUCUGCUCCAGCCUCUCCUUCGACUGACACAGAAACCAUAGCACUAAACUGUGGCACACUACAGACAUUUGAAAUCCUUCCUUCAUUCUACUUACAGCCAAGUGGGACCACAGGAACCUUCAUUCUUCAGACAGGUUCCAGCCAAAGUCUUCCAUUAACACUAACUUCUAACCAAGCAGUGACGCUUCCAUCAAACUCAUCUCCAGCAUCACCGGAACAAAUCAUUGUGCACACCUUAUCUCCAGAACAUCUCCUAAACAGUGGUGAGAAUAUUACAGUUCACUGCCAUACGCCGGGGAUUAUAAUUCGCACUGUGGCUUCUGAAGACAUGACUUUACCUCUUAUUCAAAGAGAGCUUUCUGCUGAUUCAGACUUACAUAUGGACAAUCCUCAGGGUGGUUUGGAAGUGAACUCUUUUUCUGGGCAGAUCCAGCCUGUUGAUAUUGUGCAAGACUCUGGGUAUUUUCGAGAGCAAUCUCUAAAGAUAAAAUUCCGAAGGUCCCUGGAUUUAAUGCAUCAAGUUGUGGAUGAUAAAGGGGUGGACAUAAAGCCAGACAAUCACAGUCAAAUGGACCUGGCUAGCUCCUGUAUGAAAAAGGUCCUGAAUUCUUCUGUCAUUGAGGAACAGACUAGUCCGUCUUCCAUUGCUAAUGAAGGAGUACUUAUUGUCUCAUCACUACCUGGUUACAUCCAGACUGAAGAUGAUAUUGAUGGAGAGUCUGUACUUUCUCUUACAACACUUGCAGAUCCUAUUCUGCAGCACCACGGGAACAGAUCACACCUUAAUGACUCUUCACUAGAUGGCCCUUACUCAGAUGACUCAAAAGAUGUUGAAGAUCUAUAAAACGGACACCAAAAUACAUUCCCAUCCAGCUCACUUAAAGGAACAUUUCACUGUAAAAUGAAACUGGGUAAGUAAAUAGGCUGUGCAAAAUAAAAAAUGUUUCUAAUAUAGUUAUUUAGCCAAAAAUGUAAUGUAUAAAGGCUGGAGUGACUGGAUGUCUACUUGAUGGGGACCAUAUUGGACAUAACUGUUAGUUUUUGUAUUUAACCUGUGUGUUUAGAAUCAAGAAGUGAACAGUUAUGUCCCAUAUGACCCCCAUCAAGUCACUAAUUGGUGACUGACUUGUAACAGGUUAGAAAGCUGGAAAGAGGAAGGUACUGGCUAUUAUGUUAGACAUCUGUUUACUCCAGUCUUUAUAGACUCAAAUUUUUGGUUAACAAACUAUGAAAAACAUUUUUAUAAUUUUGCACAACCUAUCGAUUUAUCCAGAUUUGACUUUUACACUGAACUUUUCCUUUAACGUUUCUAAACACUACAUUGUGUAUUACCUGCACCACAUACACUGUGUUCUACAACCUGACUGUUACAGAGAAAUCAUAAGCAGACUUUUCAUUUCCUUCUUACCUUUUUUUCAGAUACAAAUUUGUAAAUGGGUUCACUUUCUGCACACAGGGCAGCCCAGGCCUUCUUUGGACUGUUUCCAAAAUACAAAAACAUAAUUGUAUGCGAGCUGUAAAAUGGUUUUAGUUUUAAAAAUAUUCUUUUCUUUUUUUUAUAACAAUUAAAAAGUGUUAAGGGGAAAUUAAAAAGAAAGUUUAGUUCUUUUUAUGCUUUAUAUUUUAGAAUCAAAAUAAAAAAAAGCAUAAAAAGCCUUUUAAUGGUGGCAUGGGGAAGAACAUACAUGGGGCCAUUGACACUGGCAGUUUUAUAUACGAGACUGCUGGGGCUAAAACUUAGUGGUUACAUUUCCAUAACCCUGUACAUCAGGUGGUACAUUAUAUCAUGCAUUGUAACUGAGCUGCAGCAAAGCAGAAUUACAGUCAUUUAGUCCAGUACUAAAAUAAUUUCCUCUGUCCAAAGCAAGUUCUUCAUCUUUCUAUAGGAAAUGUAAAGGCAAAGUAAAAUCAAUGACAUUUUGAUCACAAUUGUUUGUAAGCUGAGCUGGCAGAAAACAUACAAGUUCAUGCAGGCAGCAACAUUUCUGAUAUGUAUAUAGAUGCUAAAAAGAACUACAAUUAGCUUGAAGCCUAUUUAUCAUGCUAUGUAAAAUUCUUAAUGUUGAAGCAGCAGUGUUAAAUGGUACAUUUAUAAUGGUGUGCAUUUUUUUAUGCUGCUUGAAUACUAUAUUUGACAACCAAUGAAAUUCAGGCGGUUAAAAAAAGCAUUGCAUUAAAGUACUCAUGGAUAUUUCUUUUAGCAUCAUUUACAUUUUAUGCCCCCUUCAAACAGUUGGAUUGUACCAGAGCUUAGCACCAGAACACACAUCUAUACAGACAUUCAGACUGCCUUUGUGACUGCCUAAUGUGAAGUCUGUAGCACUCAGCACAAUUCUGGGCAUUUAGUCACCCAGACGAUUGAUAAUUGGCCACAGACAACUGCUUGGAAUCUCUACUAAUUUCAGUGUUUCCAAGCAACAAAUACAUGACUAUUACAAUACUGGAAGCAUUCAUGCAAAUAUUGUGCCAUUUUAAUUUGUUUCCAUUUAUAACACUGAGGCUGAUUGUACUGUCCAUUUUGACCACUGUAACGAGGCAUAAACCAGCAGUGAGCAGAUCAUCAUUAUUCACCUAUCACUGCUUCCCAUAGUCGCCCUUCAGAAUGAUGUUUAAAGGGGGUGUUCACCUUCCGACACUUUUCAGUUCACUUGGUUUCAGAUAGUUUGCCAAAAAUAAGGACUUUUCCCAAUUACUCUCUUUCUAUGUGUGACUGAGGGGGUUAU